UUGAACAAAGACCCCUAACCGGGUUUUACAAGUGUGAAUACCUGUGGCUUAGAGUGACAUGGACAGUUUUGUGCCAGUCAGUAGAUGGGAUUUCGUGUUGUGAACGAGCCUCUCCAACAGCACAUUCUGACUGUGGGUCGGUCUUUGUAACCAUGUUACAGUGGUUUGCGGGUGGGCCUCGGCUGGUCUUGACUUUUCAGAUCUCAGACACUGCAGCUUUCUGGUUGUCAGAUAGCCGUUUGUACACCCUUACUGCCUCACUGCGAUGUCCUAGACAAUAGAAAUAUUUGCUAUUUACACACCUUCAACAAAGUGUUUUGAGUAAAUUCUGUAGAUUCCAAGAUCAUAUCACAUCCAUAUUUCCGUUUUAACAAGAGAUUAGAAUAAUUAAAUAUACUUUUUAUUAUGAGCCUUGUGGGAGCAUUAUUGACAUAUAUACCCUUCAAAACAUAUCACGUACCAUAGACUACAAGUAACUAAAGAUUUACAAUAAUGAACCCACAAAUCAACGAAAAGGCCGACUUAGACUCUUACCUGCUUGUCGGGCUAAAGCCCUUUAUGUGUGUCAUAUACACAGAAACGUCCUUCACGUCAACAAAGGGCAAUUCGCGCCCAGCCGAGAGAACCCUUACGGAAAAGGUCGAGUUCAACCGAAUACGACAAACCACACGAACACACAGCCACCGGAAAGGCACAAACUGCAUGUGUAUCUUACAGAUGGCGACCGCCGGGCUAGAGAAGAAAGUAAAGGAUAAUUUCCUGACGUGCUCCAUCUGCUUCGAGAUGUACACAGACCCGUGUACACUGAGGUGUGAUCACACAUUCUGCAGGAAAUGUAUCACCUCAUACAUCCAAACCAGACCAGAUGCUGUACAGUCCAAGACCAUCCCCUGUCCCUGCUGUCGACAAGACACCAAGGUCCCCCACCCCAGCAGGCCGGUGGAGGAGUGGGCGGGGCAGAUCAAAGCCAGCAUUGUGAUACAGGGGCUGAUUGACACCUAUAGGUCCGAUGUCGCUGUGCAAGAGACCUCGAGCACCUGUUGUACGAUCUGUCAGCAACUAGGGGAGACAACUCCAGGGGCCUUGUGGUGUCCUGAGUGUGAGGUGGCCCUGUGUGACAAAUGUGUGAAGACACACCGGGUGACCCCUACUUCAUUGAACCAUGACCUGUGUGAUCUGUCGUCUAGGUCAAAGGUCAAACGGAUGAUCAAGUGUACGGAACACAAGAGUAACCGUGUUGAGUUCCACUGUCAAGACUGUGGGAAGGCUGCCUGUCAGACAUGUUGUAUCAUCUACCACAGAGCUUGUAAAACUGUCGUCACCAUUGAGUCUAUGAAGCCAGGGAUGAAGGCAGCACUGAUGGAGAAGAGACUUGGCAUGGAGAAGAGACUGAAAGUGAGGUCGAAGAAAGUAGACAUACGAAACGAAAAACUCGAAAGUAAUUCUAGAAUCACAGAGUCAGCUCUUCAAAAUAUUAGGUUGAUCUGCCAGACAGCUAUUAGCAAGAUUAAACAGAAAGAAACACAACUCUUGGAUGAACUGAAUAACAUAUCACAGACCUACGCCGGCAAACUCCAAGCUGAUGUGAAGAUGGAAGAGAUCGAGAUGCAGAUGUACAGACAACAUUGUGAGUUCAUUGACCAGGCCUUGGUAUCGGGCUGUGAGAUGGAUCUGUAUGACGCGUAUCAGGUCUGGGAGUCUGGAGCUGUAAAGAUGGAGGAUGUCAGGGAUACAGAGGCAGCAGACAUCCGGAGAAUAGAAGACAUCAUCUUUACACCAGACACUGACAACGUCCUGAAGGUCCUAGAUAACCUACAGUUGGGGAAGACUGACGUCACAUACCAGGAUCAGGGUACAUGUCUGCCAUCUCUAGUGCUGGUUGACACGAGAGAUGGGAGGGUGUCGGGUGAUGAUGGGGAGCCUUACCUACAAGACGUGACAGUUCUGGUUGUAGAUGGUGUACAGACAUGUGUUGUUACCGACUAUAAUAACAAGUGCGUGAAAUCUUUCUUCACAAGAAAUAAUCAUUCAAGCCAUAGUAAGCUUCCCCUGGGUAACUCUCCAAAGGGGAUAACACAGUUGAAUGAGAAGCAGGUGAUGGUUGCUGUCCCUUUAUCCCUUCAGAUUGUAACAAUAGAAGUGACCCCUGACCUGGUGCUGCUCUCUACCACCAAAACACGUACCGGAUACGACAGUCUGGCUGUACUGAAUCCUUCCUGCCUAGCAGCAGGUACUAAGGAACGCAUGGAUAUCCUGGACAUGGCUGGACACGUGUUGAGAUCUGUCAUUACAGAAAAGAAAACGUUACUAUUUGCCUACCCUGACUACAUCUUCGUCACCAACAAGGGCAACAUACUCGUGUCUGACUACGGGAAGAAGUAUGUGACAUGUCUGACGUCAGAGGGGGAUGUUUUAUGGAGAUACGCCCCUGCCGGAGACAAGGCACUCAGCUACCCUUGUGGUAUCACAACUACCAGCACAGGAGACAUCCUGCUUGUAGACAGGGACACUUACAAGGUGAUACAGCUGACAGAGUCGGGGGAGUUUGUCAGGGAACUGCUCACGUUAGAAGAUGGCGGUGAGACAGGCAUGCGCGAUAUAUUUUGUGAUAAAUACGGUUUCUUAUUUCUAUGCACAGACACGGAAGUGAAAGAGUACGUGUUUGUCUGACAUAAAAAUCAAAAGAAUGAAAGUCAGUGCAGAGCUGUG